AUGCCCAGACUGCCGAGAAGAUUUAAUAGCUUGGUCGUCGGGACCUUAUACCACCCCCCAAGUGCUGACGACUCAGCAAUGCUGGAUUAUUUAUCCAACUGUCUCUCUACAUUGGAAUCAUGCUAUCCUAAUUGUGGUUUUAUUAUUCUGGGCGACUUUAAUCAGUUAAAUAUCAACCGAUUAAAACUAAGCUAUAACCUACGUCAACUUGUUAACUUUCCAACACGUGGCAGAAAUACUCUUGAUCUCGUCUUGACAAAUCUUUACGAAUACUACGAUCAACCGGUAAAGUAUGCACCAUUCGGUCUCUCUGAUCAUAUGUCUGUAGAAUUUAAACCAAAAGAACGAUGUCAACCCCAAAGAGCGCAGAAAAGAGUGGUGAAGAAAAGAGAUCUACGUCCGAGCUCCCGUCUUGCAUUCCGUAAAUAUUUGGAACUGUUGGACAUUCCCAGCAUGUUUGACAAAGCCCCUUCUUGCACAGAAAAAAUCUCCCUCUUGGAAACCAUUGUAACUACUGGUCUGGAUUAUAUUCUCCCACUGCGCUCAACUACAUCUCGGUGUAAUGAACCUCCCUGGAUGAACUCAAAAUUAUCAUUAUUAAUUAAGAAACGCCAGAAAGCUCUUAACCAAGGAAAUAUUACCCAAUUCAAGUACUUGAGAAAUAAAGUAAACCGCAAAAGGAAAAGUUGUCGUGCGAAGCAUUAUGAAAAUAGCAUUCAACAUCUUAAAGAAUGUAAACCAUCCUCUUGGUGGAAUGAGGUUAAGAAGCUCAGUGGAGCAAAAUCUACUAGCGGAAAUAACGAAGAAAUCCUUAAAGCCUUAAGACCUGAUGAACACCUUACGGAAACAGAUAAAGUAGAUAUUGCAAACGAGAUAAAUGAUUCUUUUCUUUCCCCAAUGGCUGAAUUUACUCCUCUCACUCCAGAGAAUUACCAAGAUCUGUUAUUUGGCGCAGCUAAUGAUUCUACUGUCACAAUUGCUGCAGGAGACGUAUUUAAAAAACUGUCAACGCUUAAUCCAAGGAAAGCCCACGGCCCUGAUGGAAUACCAACAUGGGUGUUAAAAGAGAAUGCUGAUUUAUUGGAACUUCCAGUCAAAGAGAUCCUAGAUAGUUCUUACCGCGAAUGCCGUAUUCCACAAUCUUGGAAAGAGGCCGACAUUAUUGCUAUCCCUAAAAAGAAACCCAUAACUGACAUUAAUAACAACCUACGUCCAAUAUCAUUAACACCUAUUUUAUCAAAACUGGCCGAAGAAUUCGUGGUUGAACAACACCUAAAACCUGCGGUAUUAGCCACAAUUGAUAAAAGGCAAUUCGGAUCCAUCCCGAAUUCAAGCACUACGUAUGCCCUUAUCAGCAUGCUUUUUUUGGAAUAA